CGAGUUCUGACAUUGACAGCUCAGGAGCUCUCGGUACUUUUAUCGCUCUUUAUAUACCGGGAACAUGUUCGGCUUCUCCAGCAGCAGCAGCACCGACUACGAGGCAGUUUCCUCCCGGUGUAGCAGCGCCUCUCCCGCCGGGGACAGCAUGUCAUAUUACCCGUCGCCGUCCGCUUCCUUCUCCAGCAUGGGAUCCCCUCUCACCCCGCCGGAAUUCGGCACAGACUCCAGCACGAGCUUCGUCCCCACCGUCACCGCCAUCUCCACCUCAGCAGACCUGCAGUGGUUGGUGCAACCGACUCUCAUCUCAUCUGUGGCCCCGUCCCAGGCCAGAGCUCACCCGUACGGAGCCGCUCCGGCCUACAGCCGCAGUGGAGUGUUGAAGGGCUCUGGAAGAGGACACAGCCAAGGCCGGAGGGGAAAAGUUGAGCAGCUUUCUCCUGAAGAAGAAGAGAAAAGGAAAGUAAGACGAGAACGCAACAAGAUGGCGGCAGCUAAAUGCCGGAACCGCCGCCGCGAGCUGACAGACACCCUCCAAGCUGAAACUGACGAUCUGGAGGAUGAUAAGUCGUCUCUGCAGGCCGAGAUUGCGGCUCUUCUGAAGGAGAAGGAGAAGUUGGAGUUUAUCCUCGCCGCUCAUAAACCCGCCUGCAAGAUCCCACAUGACCUGGAAGGAGCCUUCCAGGACCUGACCUCCACCCUGGACCUGUCCUCCCUGACCCCCACUCUGGACCUCUCUCUGAUCCCAGAAGUGACCAGCAUUUCCAGUUCCCCAGAGGAGUCCCUGUUCUCCAUCGGCCUCCCCCAGUCUUCCGACCCCGAGAAGGACGUAUCUCUGGAACUCAAAGCUGAGCCUCUGGACGACUUCUUGUUCGGUUCCCCUUCCACCGGAUCUUCCGAUGCCGCUCGCUCUGUUCCUGACGUGGAUUUGACAAGCACACUGUACACCUCUGAAUGGGAACCUCUGUACAACACGCUGUCUGUGGACAUGGAGCCUCUGUGCACCCCUGUUGUCACCUGCACCCCAACAUGUACCACCUACACUACUUCCUUUGUCUUCACAUACCCGGAGUCUGAGGCCUUCCCCAACUGCGGAGCCGCCCACAGGAGGGGGAGCACCAGCAACGAGCAGACCACGGACUCUCUCAACUCUCCCACCCUACUGGCCUUGUAAUGCCCAAGAUGGAGGGUGACCUGGGACUGUAGCCGCACGGGUGGUCACAAGCUUGGUGACUCUCCUCACAGG